AUGGGCCUUGUGCGUCUUGCAUCGCGUACGCUCAUGGCACCGCAACCCAUUCUGCUAAGUCCCAACGUGGUUGCCAAGUAUGGCAUCCAUAUUCGUGCGCAUGAAUCUGCUUUUCGUGAGAAUAGCGCGACAAUCGUAAUGCCAUCGAAAGAGGCAGCAUUUCUCAACCCAGUGCAGGAAUUCAACCGCGAUCUCAGUACACUCGCGAUCAUCACAUGGAGCCAGAUCUUUGACUGCGAGAAACGCCAGCGCUACGAAGCGCGGCAAAGGGCACGUGAGAUGCGUGCAAGAGAUACUUCUGAGCCUGAUACCAAGCGCAUCAAGACAGAUACCAAGGAUGCGAAGCACACGUACCAAUCAUACAAAUUCAAAGCACUCGAGGCACUCAGUGCUACAGGGGCUCCGCAGCAUUCGAUAUGCAAAGGAAAUCCCCCUCCUCGGGUCAGUUGUGGCCAACGACUUGUCGGCUAG